AUGAUAAACAAGUCGGAAAUUAAUAACUUAUGUUUUGCUUAUUUUAUGGAUUCUAAACAUACACUUGCAGUAUUAGUUAAAUCAACACAAAUUAUUUGCUUCAUAGAUCAUCGCAACGUGGUGUUAAAAAAAAAAUUAAAUAAAGUGAUUUUUUUCAAGAUUAUUCUAUUAGAUUUGAGUAGACAAAUGUACUCGCUUAUAUUAUUAUUGGUGGAACAUUCUCUAGGUAAGUGUGCGUUUGUACGUUUUUUAAUACCCUUUUGUUAUUAUUAUGGUUAUUUUCAUUGAAUAUAUUAUAGUUAUCAUCAUUCGCUAUUUUAGUUACGGAUUGUAAUGGAAUUUACAUAUCGAGUACUAUGUUGGCUAAGACAUCCUUCCUUUAAUACAUUUCUAAUCACUAUUUGAAUAUACAUCACCUAUGUUAGAACUAGAGUGGCAACUAUGACUUAGAAGCUAAGUAAAUGUUGCGUUAAGUUGCUGGCCAAUUUGUCUGUGUGCAAUAAAGCAUUCAUUUUUAAUCAAACCGACAUCUCGCGAUCGUUGCUGCUACCUUGAUGUGAUAGUCGUGCUUGAAUAUCAUGAUAAACCAAUCGAGCUAUACCGGCAGGAAAGAUCGUUUCUCAAGGUCCUACUAUGCCAGACAGGUAAGGUGUCUACUUCAGACACCCAGCGUAACAGCGAUGCUGAAUUCCUGCAAGGAGGAGUGGGGUUAGAAAAGAGUGACCCUAAAAAUCCACAUCUCGCCUUAUUCCACGGAUUUUCGUCUCCGGUAAUAAGGUUUCAAUAAGUACGGAGUUAACACAAAAAUUACUCACAAAAAAAUCGUGUGUGACCGACUUUAAGUAGUUGUCUAUUGGGCACUGCGGUCACGCUCUCAAGUCACUAAGAUCAACUGUAAUCAAAUUUCCUUUUAAGGUACCUUCAAGUGAACCCUUCCACGGUGUGAGCAAACAGGAAGUGACAACUGCCCUCAUACCUAAAACAGCUACUGUAAACACUAUUUGGUUUGAAGAUGUGGAAUUUCGAGCUUACAUAAUACGAAAGGUCGCGUGACAGAGAUUGAGGGAAUUUGUAAUCAAGCAUACGUGUAUAUAUACAUAGUCACCUAUAAGUGGAGAAUAUUUAAAUUAGUUCAUAACAGGUUAUUUGACUAUUUUGAUUUACUAUCUUUCCUUCCAUUUUUGUUUUUAGUGUAAAUUAAACAUCACGUAGUAACAAUAUACUAUAGUACAAUAUUAUGAAAUAUCACCGAUUCUAUGGUUACAUUAUGAUGAUUUAGUAACAAAGAUUUAUAGUUCAUAUUAGAAAUUUCAUUAAGUAAUUUAAUUAUCAAGCUAUUGUUAUCUUCCUACAUAACAUCAUCAACAUAAACUACAAAUAAAGGUAUGUUGUGAGAUAUGAAGUUAACGAUCAUAGAGGUGCAAAAAAAUAAAUAAAAUGAUAUGAUGAGUACUGAUGAAUAAACUAACACCAUUGGAUGCCGGCCCAGUGGUCCAAUGAUUAAGCGCUAGCACACAAGACUGAUAUGUCCUGGUUUUGAAUCUCGUGAGGCAGAGUCGUGGAUACACACUGUUGGUUAUUUCCUCUUGCAUCUGUUGUUGCGUUUGCGAUAGAAGAGCUAGAUCAUUCAGCUGCAUCCUAGCCGUCCACUAUAUCCCAUGCUUCUCCAGAGAUGUUCACAUUUUCAUGAUCCAGUCGAUCAUCAGGAGAAAGAGAAAGGGUGAGAGUAAUCAACUUUGCCUGACACCGGUCUUUUCAUUGAAUGACUAUAUUAGCUGUCCUGCAUGCAUUUUCUUUUGCCAGUUUAAUCCAUCAUAUGACAUCCGUAUAAUGUUGACUAUCUUCUCAGGAACACCGUAGAUAGUCAAUAUCAUAUGGAAUAGAUAUAAUGAUAGAUUAAAAAAACAAAAGGUAAAUAACUUAUUGAAAGAUUUAGGUAACAAGAAUAGAUAACCCAAAUGUUCAAGUUAGUUGCCAAGUUGUUGUUCUCCCUUGUCAAUUGAUAAUUUAAUAUUAGAUCCCUGUUUGUUUGUUUGUUUUUUGUUGUUGAUACUAUUGAUUUAAUUAUUUUUUUCUCUUUUUCUUCACUUAAAAAAACAAAAAAACUUUAGUUUUGUAUCCCAUGAAGCCAAUAAAUUCAUCUAUUUCUUCCUUGGAAAUCAUUCAAUCCUUUUGUAUAAAUCAUUAUAAUUAUAACAUCAUAAUUGUAUCGUAAUUAUUUUUUUGUAUUUUUCUAUCAGUAAUGUAACUAUGAGAUUUCAACUAUUACGUAAUCAUGAGAAAAAAAAUGUGU